AAUGAGUGGUUGGGUGAGUAGGCCGGGCCACGUGUCCCUAAAAAAAGACAUCUGCCAGUGGCUUACAAACGAAUGUACUUUAUUCAAUGCCGUCAUCCCGCCGGGAAUGGUCUCCACGUCAACUGCUGUUACUUCUGCUGCUGCCUUCCACCGCGUUCAUUUAUAGUGCACUCGUUAUCUCUCAAGCACCGCACGACUGUACGGAAGCAAAUAACAAUUGGGCCGCUCCAAUUCCUGGCCUCGCAGGAACAGCCGUGACCUUGAGACCACCGAAGCCGUUGCUGCGAGCGCUCCCCCCCCCCCCCAACCUCCGCGCUCCCGUCUCAAGUCGUCGAUUCCAUGGAUCCAACGUUGACCGUCCACCAGGCGGAGGAGGUGGAGGUCGACGCGUCGGGUGAUCCUCCCGGCUGGGGUGGAGACGCCACCGGUGGCGUCCUGGAGAAGGAGCUCAUCCCCUGGGUGGACGAGGAAGGGCAGGAGGACGCCGACCGCGACCACCUGCGCUGCCUCAAGGUGGUCGCCGAGAAGAUGCGCCUGCGGACGCGGAGGCCCUCCUACCUCGAGUGGCUGUCUCUCGUCGAGGCGCAGGAGCCCCCAGCCAGCGCCGCUCACCGGGCGCUGGCCGCUCGCUCGGCCACCCGUGGCCCGCCUCGGGCUCUGCAGGCGGGGGCCGUGCCGAGCCCCCGGGCCGGCGCCGCGCUCGAGGCCAAGGGGAACGGAGGCGGCGAGUCGAGGGGGACGCGCGUGGGGCAGUGGCGCGGAGGCGAAUUUGGACCCACGCUCACGUGGCUACGGAGGCAGCUGGUGGAGAUGCGGGUGCAGGACCAGCAGCUGGCGCGCCGACUUGUGAGCGUGCAGAGCGCCGUGUCGCGACUCAAGGUGGCGAGGCUGCUGGGCAGCCCGUACGGCGGUCACGCGGAGCCCACCGGCGGUGCGGCGACUCUCGGGCAUUGAGGUCACCGGUUGGGUCCCAUGGACAAUCACUGGAUUCGGAGUCGUGUAGAGUUCCAGAUGCGAUUCGCGGAUAGCCAAAAUGGCGGACAGCAACUUCGUGGACGAGUGAAUACUAUAUACACACAAAAAUAUUUUUUCUUUAGAAAAUACCAAUUUAACUCAAAUGUUCAGGUCUCAAUUGGAGGUGGGGCGAUUACCCCCCCCCCCACCCCAUUCUCUUGGAUCCACCACUGCAUAGAUUGUAUUGUGACCCUGUUUGAAGUGCUAUAAACAUGUGAAGUGUUCUAAACAGUGACACGUUGAUUCAUUAAAUACAAUCGAUUGGGCACACGAA